CUUACCGAAUGUCAAGAGUUCGAUUCUCGAUAAUUCAAAUAUCGAAUACUGACGUGUUUUGUUCCACUAAUAACUAAUUAAUAAAAUUAAACAAAGUUAUCUAUUUUAAUUCGGUGAUUACCUAAAAAUCGCUUGGUGCGCCAUCUAGUGUACCAAGUCUUGUGUGAUUAAAAAAAAAUUUUAAGUAUUAAUACUUGUGUGUCUACCGCGUCGUCUUUAGUUCAAAAUAAAACAUUCAAUCAAGUUUUGUGUCGCGUAAUAGCGCUUGUAAACGAGGAAUUACCACAGGACCAAAAUUAGACCUGAGGUACAAUUGGAAAAUUGUCCAUUUAGAUUUUGUUUCCUAAGAGUAUAUACGUUUGUACUAUGAAGAGCAAAAUUUAACGUUGAUAUCAUAUAUGUAUGUAGGUAUGUAAUUUGUAUGGUAUAAUAUAUGUUUAAAGGUGAGCAGUUUUGUGUAAUGGCUUUAGCGAUUCUCAUUCUUGAGGUCGUAGGUUCGAUACGGGCACAAAUCGAUUUUAUAUCUCUGCGCAUAUAACAGUCGCUCGAACGCCGAAAUAAAACCGGCUUGCUAGAGAGGAGAAAGCAUUUUAUAAUAUACACAUAUAAUGUAUAAAAUGCAUCAUUUGAAGUACCAAACUUCAAUAAAUAAUUACUUUCGUCCCAGUCAAAAAAAUACACGACAACACAACUCACGAAUUUUAGAACAUGUACAUUACAAAAUAGCAAGGAAAAAACUCAAGCAGUCAGUAAAAACUUAAACUAAAUAGAGACAAUUAUUAGUAAUUAAAUUUUAAUCCUAAUAAUGUUAAGGAAUGUUGUAGGAUUAUUUGUUACGUUUUUUGUUAAAGCCUAUGUUUUAUCUCGAUAAAAUAGACGUAAUUUCGCUCGUACUGUAUGCGAUUGUACGACAAACAUUCAUUAGUGACCCCAGGAUUUCAAUUGGACGUAGGGAAACUAACACGUACAGUUACAUAUAAGACUUGCUUACUAUUAUUAUUGUCAGUUGUGAAAAUUAUAGUCAUGUGGAAGACUCUAUUAAAAAUGUUUCUUUGGUUGUUUUUCCUGGGACAAGUAUUGACAGUGCCAGCGCCAAGUAAAUCUAUGGAAUUACCUGACAUUUUGGGCGAAGGAGAACUAUUUAGAAACAGCGAGCAGUUGUUAAAAUUCAUUAUUCCUGGAUCAGUAUCUUCAAAAUCGAGCGGUCAAAUAAACCUCCAGCUGCCAGAUUUGGUCAAUCAAGAGGAUGAAAAUUUUAAAAUAUUUUAUGGCCACCUCGAUGCAGGCCAUGCAAUGAAGGGGUUGAUCUUUAAUAUCUACGAUGAUAAUAUGAGAGAAGCCACUAUUGCGUUGUUCCGUGUAUUCCAAUAUGCUGAUAAUGAUAAACUUUUCUUAAUCCGUGAUUGGGCCCGAGAAAAUGUUAACAAGGACAUGUUCGACUAUGCGUGGCGUCUGGCUUCAUUAUACAGAAUCGAUGCUUCAUCAAAAGAAAAUGACCCACCAUUUGUUGUGAAACCAAAUUAUUACAUCACCAGCGACGCUAUCAUAAAGGCGCUACAAUUUAAGAACGAUAACUCCAUGGCAGAUACGCAAGCAUCAAAAGUAAAUCAAAUUUAUUCAGGUGACAAUUUCGUUGUUAUAAACACCAAUUAUUCAAGCUGGAAUAUGGUAACUGAGGGUUGCGAGGAGAACCUUGAUUAUUUCAGAGAAGACAUAGCACUAAAUAGCUACUACUAUGGGGUUCACCUCCAAUAUCCAUUUUGGAUGACCAACGACGAGCUGUCUGGUAUUGACGCAAGAUACGCUGAACGGGAUUAUUUCAUCCACCAACAGCUUCUGGCGCGGUAUCAUCUAGAGAAACAGCAUUACCGAGUGAGGAACGUGUCGAGUGAAUCUAACUGCUUUAGAGAUUUCAACCCCUACUUAUUACACGACAAUGGUCUUUUCUUUCCAACAAGAUCUUCAGUUCUACCGCAGUGGAACGAACAACAGGCUCGAAUUAAAGCAAUAGACAUCGCUAUCAAAGAAUGCAUUUCAAGAGGGGUUAUUUAUAUGGAUAAUGCAACGAAGACAGCACUCACCGAAGAUAAUUAUAUUGAUUUAUUAGCUAAAUUAGUAAGGGCUAAUUUCGAUGGAAUACAAACGGCCAAAGUUGUUAAAUCUCUAUUUGGCUACGGAUCAAAUAGCUACCCGAGUGACAGAUAUAACCCUGCACCUACAGUGCUUCACAAUCCGCAGACUACUUUACGAGAUCCUCUGUAUUGGCAAAUGAUUCAAUCUCUUCUCAAAUACUUCACAGAGUAUGCUACCACAUUGCAGCCAUUUGACUUCUCUAAAUACGAAAGUGACGACUUCAACAUUAUUGAAUGUAGUUCCUCGAGGAUAACAACAUAUUUUGACUAUUACCAAAUCAGCUUAACCAAAUUUUUGUAUAGCGAGGAUUAUCUAACAAAAAAGCCUCCCAAACUAUUUACAGCUCGGCAAAAACGACUCAGGCAUUUGCCGUUCACAAUAAAUAUUACUGCCGAAUCUAAGGUUAAUGAAAACGGUAUCGUUAAGAUAUUUUUGGGACCCGAAUGUGAUCCAAAAUACUGUUGGCAAGAACACUCAAAAUUUUUCGAAAUUGAUUCGUUCCUUUACAAAUUUGAAAAAGGUUUAAACAUAAUCAGUUGGAACCCAGAAAUGUCAGGUAAAUUUUCCUAUGAUGAUUAUUACAAUAUGGAACAAUCAUUUUCGAAGAAGAAUAAGUUUGAUCUAUUUAAAUUUCCAGAAAAUUUGUUAAUUCCGAAAGGUUUAGAGGAAGGAUUGAAUCUGACAGUAUUUAGUAUGAUUGUGCCUGUAAAAGAUAUGGCUAGUAACACUAGUGAUAUAGAAUACGAUACUUUGCCGUUAGGCUUCCCUUUCCAUAGACAAGCUGAGAUUAACAACGAGUCAAAAGCUAAAAACUAUGUGUUCAACAAAGUCUCUAUUUAUCAUAAGAAAAGUUUAAAUGAUGUGAAUGGUUACUUUUCAGCUCAUUUAAGUUAACCAAAAAUUGACAGUGUAACGUCGAAAGUAGAGUAAAAUUAGUAUUAAACGUGAUAUUUUCUGUUAGUCUGUAGUAAGUUAGAAGAAAAAAUAAAUUAAAGUUGAUAUUGAAUA